AUGGUUUUCCUCUCCCGACAGAAUCUUCAGGAGAUCCUCCAAACCCUCUCUGUUCUUCAGUGGAUCCCAGUCUUCAUAUUUUUAGGAGCUAUUCCCAUUCUCCUUGUACCCUACUUUCUGGUAUUCACUAAGUUCUGGACCUUGUCUGUGCUCACCUUAGCCUGGCUCGCCUAUGAUUGGAACACCCACAGUCAAGGUGGUAGGCGUUCAGCUUGGGUACGAAAAUGGACCCUCUGGAAGUAUUUCCGAAAUUAUUUCCCAAUAAAGCUGGUGAAGACUCAUGACCUCUCUCCCAAACACAACUAUAUCAUUGCCAACCACCCCCAUGGCAUUGUCUCUUACGGUGUCUUCAUCAACUUUGCCACUGAGGCCACUGGCUUUGCUCGGAUUUUCCCAGGCAUCACUCCUUCUGUAGGGACCUUGGAAUGGAUCUUCUGGAUCCCAAUUGUGAGAGAAUAUGUGAUGUCAAUGGGUGUGUGCCCCGUGAGUGAGUUGGCCUUGAAGUAUUUGCUGACUCAGAAAGGCUCAGGCAAUGCUGUGGUUAUCGUGGUGGGUGGAGCUGCUGAAGCCCUCUUGUGCCGGCCAGGAGCUUCUACCAUCUUCCUUAAACAGCAUAAAGGUUUUGUGAAAUUAGCACUGAAGACAGGAGCACACCUUGUUCCUUCCUAUUCAUUUGGAGAGAAUGAGGUUUACAAUCAAGAGACCUUCCCUGAGGGCACAUGGUUAAGGUUUUUCCAAAAAACCUUCCAGGACACAUUCAAAAAAAUUCUGGGACUAAAUUUCUGUACCUUCCAUGGCCGAGGCCUCACUCAAGAAUCCUGGGGCUUCCUGCCUUUCAAUCUGCCCAUUACCACUGUUGUUGGGGAGCCCCUGCCAAUCCCCAGGAUUAAGAGGCCAAACAAGAAGACAGUGGACAAAUACCACACACUGUACAUCAGUGCCCUGCGCAAGUUGUUUGACGAGCACAAAGUUCGGUAUGGCCUUUCUGAGACCCAGGAGCUGACAGUCAUAUAA